CGAUGAUGGGACUUAUGUAUGACCUUUCUGCAAUGCUAUCACCAAUUUCGAUCGGUUGAGCUUCAAAGCAUGAUGCAGUCUUUGGAUCUCUCUUUUCCUCCGUUGCACGCUCUCGAUUCGCCCCUCUAACUUCGCCGUGUAGACGGUGGAGAAGACCGCAUCUACCAUAUUGAGAAAGUGUUUUAAAAGUCAAUAUUCAGAUUCCGAGAAGUUCUGCUCGGUUACCGCGAACGAUAAAUUCUGUCCUGCUAUCUUAAGUAGGUUGAAGUUGAUUUUCAUUUUGUUACACGAGACAGUGUCGUGCAGCAUAUCUCCACAACCCGACCUGAGCGGUUGUGUGGAGACCUCGUUAUUCAGGAGAUUCGGAAAAUAUCACUUCGACAAUAUGUUUUCAUCGACAGCCCAAACCCUCCAACAAUACAGUCAGGCAGAGCGCACUGCUGCGCUUCGUCUCCUUGCUGACUAUGAGGUUAAGCGGACAAUUUAUUCAAGUGAUGAAGAACAAGAUAGCACCAACUUCGCCAAUUCUCCAGUGAAUUCACUAGCACAAGCUGAUGAUACACGCAUUGACCCGAGCACAGCGAGACAUCCUCGCGUGCCAAACGUGAUCGCCCCGGCUAGUUGGCCUAGAAGUUUUAGACGAAUGCCUCCAUACAGGCCCAUCAAUUAUGACUUGGAUGCCCAAGAACGGCCGACAGGCGACAAUCCUGUCAUUUCUGUGUUUCUCGUCAUUGUGUUUUGUGGCUGUGGAUUGAUGAGUACAUACGCAUGGGCCUGGAGAAAUACGUUGGGUCGAUUCGACAAGACGUCUUUUUACUACCAAAUUGGAGGAGAAUAUUGACCACGACAGUCAUUGACUCACCACAAAAUUUUCUUGACCAGCUACUGGACUCUGGGCAAAGGUUGCUUACUUCAAAUAGUGACUAUUCAAUGACGAGAGAUCUAUCGAUGUGUCAUGCUCUAGCAGCGUUAACCCAACCUACAACUAAAUAUGUAUACUUUAGUGGUUGUUGAGAAUGCCUGGAUUUCACGCGAAUUACAAUGUCUAUAAGAUAUAAAAUCAAUAAGCAAAACAUGUAAAUGUAUA